CUUAAUCUCAUCAGAAUCUGAACUCUUUAAAAGGACAGAGCGAAGCAGCAGUCGCUGUUUGGCAUAAAGGGAAAUUUCUACGACAUAAACAGGGAAAAUUAAUAGGAGCACAAGUGUUCAAGUAACAGAGGCAUGAAUCUGGACAUAGGCAAACCAGACGCAAAGACUGGUGGCAAAGCCCCCCUCAGAGCCACAGCUCCUGGUUCCCCACGGAAGGCCCCACCCAAGUUCAAACAGAGAAACACUCGUCAAUUCAAGAGCAAACCCCCCAAGAGAGGAGUUAUUGGCUUUGGAGAAGAUAUUCCAGGAAUGGAGGGACUUGGCACUGAUAUCACUGUGAUCUGCCCCUGGGAGGCGUACAGCCAUCUAGAGCUACAUGAGCUCGCUCAGUACGGCAUCAUUUGAGUCUUCAACAUAUAAACACCUUUCCUCUCUCAAAGGAAACUAUUGUAAAAAGGAUAUUUAGAAAUUAAUCAAAGUAAUAUUUUUUUGCUACUUCUGAAAGGCAAAUGUUAGAAUUAUAUUAGGACAUCAUGUAAUAUGUGUCUGCAUAUUUUGGUGUUUUUUUGUGUGUG